GGUCCAGUUGCCGAAGCGACGAUCGCGCAAACCCGGAAAGCAUUCGAGCUCAACAGCUUUGCUGCUCUCUGCGUCACCAAGGCUACCGUGCCGCCUAUGAUGAAACGACAUGAGGGUCUCGUCAUUAACAUUGGGUCCAUCGUUGGUACAAUGCGCACCCGACACGGAAAAGUCACGACCGAGGAUAAUGAUCGACGAUACCAAUACGACGCCAUGGAAUACUCUGCACUAUACAGCAUCACCGGAGGCCUUGAUAUGGAGCUCAAACCAUUCGAUAUCAAUGUGAUGCUCGCUGCACCGGCUGAUGUCAAAUUCAACAUCUCUAAGAUCACGUUCAAGUUGCCCCCCACUUUGUAUUACGUUGAGUACGAAGAGCGGUCAAUAGAGAAGAUGAACCUAGCUGCGAACAAGAAUAGUAUGCGUACUGACACAUUCGCGAGAGAGGUCAUGUAUUGA